AAGAUGGCGGCCGUGGGUCGCGGCCGUGCGCACUUCCGGCGGGCCCGGGGCCGCGGCGCGGCCAUGGCGGAGCUGACGGACGCGGAGCUGCGGCAGGAGCUGCUGGCGCUCGGCUACCAGCCGGGGCCCAUCACCGCCACCACCCGCAAGGUCUACAUCAAGAAGCUGGGCUGCCUGCGGGCCGAGGUAGCGGCGGCGAAGCGCACGGGCCGCGGGGCGCCGCCGAGCCCGGCCCGCACCCCUGCCCGGCCGCAGCAGGCCUCGCCCGCCCGGCAGCGCUCCGGCUUCGGCCUCGGCCUCGGCCACGGCGGGGCCAGCCGCGACAGCGAGGAGGAGGAUGAGGAGGAGGAGGAAGAGGAGGAAAGGGGGCAGCUGCCCGCGUCCCGCUGGGGCACGUCGGGAGACGGCGGCAGGCGGGGCUGGGAGGGCUCCCGGGGGUCUCCCCCGGGCCGCAGCGCAGGGUUCGGCGCCGGGGCCGGGGCCGGGGCAGGUCUGUCCCGGGACAGCGUCGCGGGGCUCAGUACCUCGGCGCAGUGGGAGACGUCGGUAGAGAGAAGCGGAGGGCCCAGGGACGGGCUGGGGCCAUCCGUGGGCGGGCUUGGGGGGCUGAGCUCCCCCUCCCAGUGGGACACUUCUGUACAGAGCAGCGGGGGGCUGGGGGAAGGGCUGAGCCCCACAGCGCAGUGGGACAGCGCUGCGCAGGGCAGCAGAGGGCUCGGCGCUGGGCUGGGGGCAGCCCCGCUUGGGUUUCGCGGGGCAGGCACAGGGUCCCAGUGGUACCUGUCCGCAGAGAGGGGCGAGGAGCUCGGCGCGGAGCAGUGGAGCAGCUCGGCAGAGAGAAGUGGGGGGCUCAGCAGCGGGGUGAGGCCAUCCCUGGACAGCUUUCGGGAGUCAAACUCCACAUCCCCGUGGGGCCGAUCUGUAGAGAGAAGUGGGGGGCUCCGCGGCGUGGGCGGGUCGGGGGCACCCCUGGAUGGGGUCGAGGGGCUGAGCUCCACCCCCGCCUGGGGCAGCUCCGCGGGCAGGAGCGGGGGGCUCAGCUCCAGACCCAUCACCAGUGAAGAGAGUGGGGGCCUGAAGGGCAGGAGCUAUUGGGGCACGUCCGGGGUUGGAAGUGGGGGGCAGAGCUCCCGGGCACGGUGGGAGGCAGCAGAGCAGAGGAAAGGACUCUCCGGCAGCUGGUGGGGGCGGGAGGGCGAAGCGGCAGGCAGCACCCCCUGGGGCACCGCGGCGGCGCCGGGAGGCCACACUCGCCCCUUCGGCAGAGGGAAGGAAGGUUUGGCCGCGGGCGUUAGGAAGGAGGCGGACAGGGAGCUGCAGCCCAGCGGCUGGGGGGCAGGCCUGAUGCGGCGGCUCCCGUGGAGGGCGAGGCGAGAGCCGGGGCCGGCGGCGGGGAGCUGGUGGCAGGGGCCGGGCGCGGGGCCGGGGGUGACUCUGCGCCCGCACCUGCUGCGGUCAGCUCCCGGGCAGCAGGCAGGAGGCAAGGCCAAGGGCUUCGAGCACUACCUCUCCCAGUUCCUCUUCCUCGCCAGCUUCGUGCUGCUGCUGAUUUUCGUGGGCAUCCUGGUGGUGAAGAUGCUGGGCUCCGGCUGGCUGGACCGGAGCGAGGAGAGCUUCAACCUCCUGCCUGUGGAUUGUGACCAGAGCACAGAUAAGUUCUGCCAAGCCAAGCAGAGGGACACGACGAUGAACAUGCUGCACGAGCUCUAUAACUACCUGUCUGUGCAAGCUGGGAAUUUCGAGUGUGGAAACCCAGAGAAUCUGAAGAGCAAAUGCAUCUGGGUUAAUGAAGCCAAGGAGCACCUGAUGAACAUCACUGGCAGUUCCCCACAGAAGUUUGAGGCUGCCCUGCACUGGAUCCUGAACAGCAACAAGGAUUUGGGAAUCUGGCUGAGAAGCAGAGACCCCUCGGAAGCAGUGAGCAGAGUGGAGGAGGUGUUCUGCCUGGAGUCAGCUCACCCUCAGAUGGGGCUGGGCUGCCGCUUCCGCCGCGCUGUGCUCACUGCCAUCACCAACCUCUUCCUCUUCUUCUGGUGCCUGAUCACCCUCUGGGGGAUCCUCAUCUUCCUGCGGUACCGCUGGCGGAAGAUGGAGGAGGAGGAGCAAGCCAUGUAUGAGAUGGUGAAGAAGAUCAUAGCUGUUGUCCAGGACCACUACAAGGAAUGGGAGCGGAACCUGGAGCGCUACCCCUACGUUGGCAUCUUCCACGUCCGGGACAGCCUCAUCCCUCCCCAGAGCAGGAAGAAGAUGAAGCGCGUGUGGGAGCGAGCAGUGGACUUCCUGGCUUCCAACGAGUCCAGGAUCCAGACAGAGUCCCACAGGGUGGCAGGAGAGGACAUGCUGGUGUGGAGAUGGACUCAGCCUUCCUACCUCUCGGACUCAGAGCACUGAAGAGGAGCAGAAGUUGAGCAGCCACUGCUGAGGACCUCUGCAAGGGGACAGCCUCUGCUCUGGUGGUGGGAAAGAGCAGGGUAUGGUCCCAGUCUCCUGGGGCUGGGGAUUGCACUUAGCUGUUUGCUCUUCUUCCUGAACAUCUUCACAGACAGAAAGACAAAACAAAACUUUCAGGGCAAUAAUGAAUGUUGGCUUGGGGAGGAGAUGGCCUGGAGCUGGUGGGAAGCUGGAAUUAAGCAAGCUUGCAGCAGGCCCCUGGCGUCCAGGGCCCAGCCAGCCCAGGGCAGCCUUUUGCAGAGAGAAGGAAAACAAAAGCAAAGCCAAGCUCAGCUCAGCUGCUGAGGGCCUGAGGCUCUGCCAGAGCUGAGGUGUUCCAAAUCUGAGCUCGAUUCUGCAGAGGCAACUGGUGGCAGUGUCCAUCAGGGGAUGUGUUUAAAGGAGGUGAACCCUUCCCGUGGGAACAGGAGGGCAGUUCGGGGGCGUUUGGGCAGGUUUUGUUUUCUCUCACAGUCAGAUGCAGGCACUUGGUGCUCCCUGCAGCAAAACGUUUGUGUCAGCUUCACCCUUUGGGCGUGGAGCAGGGGAGGGGGAGGGAAGUCAGGUGAAGGUGGUCCUGAAGGGAGGGCAGCCUGAGGUGCCCCUGGCCUGGGCUGGGCUGGAGGAGUGCUUGUGGCUCUGUUACACUUUUUGCAGUCUGUGUGCUUUAUGAUUUCUGGCAGGGGGAGGGGAGGGGAGGGGGAGGGAGUCUGGGUGGAACACAAAGGGUCUGGGGAGCUGCUCCAAGCGCUUUCUGGUGGCUGCAGCCAGAGGGGCUGCUGCAGAGCAGCUGUGGAAAGGCUGCUGGGGCUGAGCAGACCUGCACCAUGCACGCAGUGCCCGUGCAGGGAUGCCAGGGCAGUGCUGCAGCCUCACAGCAGGUGCCAGGAGCAGCCAGCAGUCCCUGCUGGGGCUGCAGCUGUGGUGUCUGCUGUCUGGAAUUCUUUGGUCACUUAGGUUUGUUCUCUCCAGCACAUGAGUGCUUGCUGCAGAGGGAAUAGCAGCAGUGUGUGGCAGCUGAGGCUGGAGGUGACUUGCCUCAGGGGUCCUGUGUUUGAUCCAAAGGAUCAGCAGAGCAGAGGAGGCUCACAGCUCUCUUCUGACCACCUACAAGCUCCUGCCACUGCUGGCAAGCAGGGGCCAGAGCUCAGGCAGCCUGGGAUCCUCCAGGUGCUCCAGGGUCACCCCUGCUGCCACACAAAGCCGUGCCAACCCUGGCAUCUGCAGUCCUGAGCCUCUCUGGAGCAGCUGUGGGGUUUGGGUUGCCUUCUGAACCGUCCAAACCCAGCAGUGCAGAGCCAGGCCCUGCAGCCUUCUCUUUUGUAUUCGUUAAACUUGGGUUUGUAGCAGACUCUUCACCAGCUUGGUGCUGUUUCUAUGUUCACUUUAGCUCUGUAAGCCAAUCUAUGAAAUAAAUUUGUUACCAAGA